AUGGCUGCCAUCCGCAAGCGCCUCCUCCUCGCGUUCCUGCUGCUCCUGCUCCAGGCCAUUGCGGCCGCCUCCUCCGACGCCAGAUACCUCCUCGCCGCAAGGUCCGCGCUCCGCGACCCCUCCGGCGCGCUAGCCGGCUGGAGCGGCGGCUCCGGCCGCGGCUCGCCGUGCUGCUGGGCGCGCGUGUCCUGCGCCAACAACUCCACCGCGGCCGUCGCCGGGCUCGACCUCUCCAAACUCUCCCUCGGCGGCGGCUUCCCGGCCGCGCUCUGCUCCUUGCGGUCCCUCGAGCACCUCGACCUCUCCGCAAACGAGUUUGUGGGCCCGCUGCCGACCUGCCUCGCCGCGAUCCCGGCGCUCGCGCACCUCAACCUCGCCGGGAACAACUUCUCCGGCGAGGUCCCGCCGGAGUGGGGCGCCGGGUUCCGGUCGCUCCUCGUGCUAAACCUGGUCCAGAACUUUCUCUCCGGCGAGUUCCCGGCGUUCCUGGCCAACCUCACCGCCCUCCAGGAGUUCAGCCUCGCCUACAACCUGUUCUCGCCGUCGCCAUUGCCAGAAAAGCUCGGUGACCUCGCCGACCUUCGCGUGCUGUUCGUCGCCAACUGCUCCCUCAACGGUAUCAUCCCUUCUUCCAUUGGAAAGCUAAAGAAUCUCGUCAAUCUGGACAUCUCAAGGAACAGCAUCCACGGCGAGAUACCGGGAAGCAUUGGGAAUUUGAGUUCUCUGGAGCAGAUCGAGCUCUUCGCGAACCAGCUCUCCGGGAGAAUUCCAGUGGGGUUUGGAGGCCUCAAGAGGCUCCGUUCACUGGACAUCUCCAUGAAUGGGCUCACUGGGGAGGUACCGGAGGACAUGUUCGCGGCGCCGAUGCUGGCGAGCGUGCACAUGUACCAGAACAAUCUGUCCGGUCGCUUGCCGGCGACGCUGGGGGAGGCGCACAGUCUGUCCGACCUCCGGAUUUUCGGCAAUCAGCUCUCUGGGCCGUUGCCGCCGGAGUUUGGAAAGAAUUGCCCCCUCCAAUUCCUGGACGCGUCGGACAACCGGCUGUCAGGUCCAAUUCCGACGAUGCUUUGUGCUUCCGGGAAGCUAAAGCAGCUCAUGCUGUUGGACAAUGAGUUUGAAGGUGCCAUUCCGGUGGAAUUGGGGCAAUGCCGGACACUGACCAGAGUGCGGCUGUCGAACAACAGGCUGUCUGGUCCGGUGCCGCCGGAAUUCUGGGGAUUGCCGGGUGUCUACCUGCUGGAGCUUCGUGGCAAUGAGCUAUCGGGGGUGGUUGACCCUGCCAUUGCUGGUGCCCAGAACCUAUCCAAGCUGCUCCUACAGGACAACCGGUUCACUGGUGCUCUGCAUGCCAAGCUGGGAACAUUGGCCAAUCUGCAAGAGUUCAAGGCUUCAAACAAUUUCUUCUCUGGGCCUCUGCCACCAUCGCUCGCCAACCUUUCCAUACUUGACAAUCUUGAUCUGAGCCACAAUUCUUUCUCUGGAGAGAUCCCAAGGGAUUUUGGUAGGUUGAAGAAAUUGUCACAGCUGUACCUUUCAGAUAACCACCUUAGUGGGAACGUCCCUCCGGAGCUUGGGGAGAUUAUUGGGAUGAAUACCCUUGAUUUGUCGAACAAUGAGCUUUCAGGUCAGGUGCCUGCGCAGUUGCAGGAUCUCAGGCUGACCCAUUUCAACAUAUCCUAUAACAAGCUCUCAGGGGCUUUACCUGUUCUCUUCAAUGGAAUACAGUACCAAGAAAGCUUCUUGGGCAACCCUGGCCUGUGCCAUGGGUUCUGUCAGGGCAAUGGCAAUUCUGAUGCCAAACGACAUACCAUUAUCAAGCUGGUUGUCUACAUCUUCGUAGCUGCUGGGAUCAUCCUACUCCUCGGUCUUUUUUGGUUCCAUUACAAGUGCAGGUUGUACAAGAUAAGUGCAGCUGAACUGGAUGAUGGAAAGUCCAGCUGGGUGCUCACAUCCUACCACAGGGUGGAUUUCAGUGAGAGGGAGAUUGUGAAUAGUCUCGACGAGAGCAAUGUGAUUGGCCAGGGUGGUGCAGGCAAGGUGUACAAGGCCGUUGUCGGGCCUCAGGGUGAGGCCAUGGCUGUCAAGAAACUCUGGCCUAUCGGUGUGGCAAGCAAAAGGAUAGACACAUUUGAGGCUGAGGUUGCCACACUAAGCAAAGUGAGGCACAAGAACAUUGUAAAGCUUGCCUGCAGCAUUACAAACACAGUCUGCAGGUUACUUGUCUAUGAGUAUAUGCCAAAUGGUAGCUUGGGGGAUAUGCUUCAUAGUGCAAAACGCAGCAUCUUUGAUUGGCCGAUGAGGUAUAAGAUUGCUGUCAACGCUGCUGAAGGACUCUCCUACUUGCACCACGACUGUAAGCCCCCAAUCGUCCAUCGGGACGUGAAGUCAAACAACAUCCUGCUUGAUGCGGAGUAUGGUGCCAAGGUUGCAGAUUUUGGUGUUGCAAAGACUAUUGGGGAUGGCCCAGCCACCAUGUCGAUAAUCGCAGGAUCUUGUGGGUACAUCGCACCUGAGUAUGCUUACACUCUCCAUGUGACUGAAAAGAGCGACAUAUAUAGCUUUGGUGUGGUGAUGUUGGAGCUUGUCACUGGUAUGAAGCCGAUGGCACCGGAGAUUGGCGAGAUGGACCUUGUAACGUGGGUGUCUGCCACUGUUGAGCAGAACGGGCUGGAGUCUGUGCUCGAGCAGACUCUCGCUGAGCAGUUCAAGGAUGAGAUGUGCAAGGUUCUGAAGAUCGCCCUGAUGUGUGUCUCAAACCUUCCAGUCAGCCGCCCACCAAUGAGGGCUGUGGUGAAGAUGCUGCUGGAGGUUAAGGAAGCGAACAAGCCGAAGCUGAAGGUGGCACCUCUGGCCGUCUGACCUGAGGCAAACCCAUCUGAAGAAUAACGAAUAAAAGAUGUGUUUGCUCUCCUCGGAUAACGUACUACAAACCAAUUGGCAUUACAUCUGAUCCUGCGAAGUGCAUUCCUGAGAGCAGCUAGAUAGUUCUGAAACAUUGCCAAAGCUUGUAACUG